UCAGAUUUCCCACUGAUCAAAAGUACUCAAAUUGGGUCUAAUUUUUGGGGAGUAAUCUGUCUGUGACAUUUUAAGCAGUCUGACUCAGCCCUGAAAGGAGCCUGAGACAUAAAUCAUCUCCUCCUUUUGAAAAACGGGGCAAAGAAAUUGAUGUCACCAUUAAUUUACUAAUCCCUCCUUGUAUUCCGGAGACAAGUAAUUAACCAUGUUCCUGUGUAUUUGUCCACAGUUCUAGUAAUGAGUUGGCUGCUUGCAUCACUGUGCGGUGGUGACGUGUGGCGUCUGGGAGCUGUCCCAGGAAUCAUGGUGCUGAAGCUGCAGCACCGAUUCAGCAGCCAAUGAUCACAGGAGAAUCCGGGGCCACGGAUGCUUUCACCCUCCGCAGGACAGUCCGACAUUCGCGUUGGAUUUUAACGGAUGGAUUUCUAAAGCCCUCCGCCUGGUCCUCGGACAUGGAGAUUCGAUAACUGGGGAUGAGAGCUGCACACAGAUUUUCUAAGGACCUGCAGUCUGGCUGAGAAUCUAAGAGGGAGGGGAGAAAAAAAAACAUGAAAAUGUGAACUGUGUAGUAAUCGGUUUAGCUCCCCAGCAUAUGAAAAGGUGUUUGCUUAUGACUGAGACACAAACAGAAGUCAUCGCCCAGCACCUUUGCGCCUUUGUGCUGUGAUCCUGUGGUCGGAUACCGCCCAAUGCUGCGCAGCCGGGGCAUGCUGAAGAGCCGCUGCUGCGUCCUGCUGGCUGACCUGAGGGUGCUCCUUCUCGGGCCACCGGCACCGCCGACGCCGCUGCCUCCGCUGACCCCCAUGAGCGGCCAGGACUCGGAAAGCCACGAUGCCAGCGCCACCGUCCCCGACAACAACAACACCCUAACGCGGAGCCGCCAGCGCGCCGGGGACCGGACCGAGAGCUGCGCGGCCGGAGCCGCCGGACAGCCGGGGGGAGAGCGGUCAGGGGCGGGCUGGGUCAACGCUGCGGAGCUGUCCGCGGCCCUGCGCGGCUGCAGCAGCUCCUCGGAUGACUGUUCAAAGGGCAAACUGGAAGAGAGGUUCUCUCUCACCAGCUACACGGAAAGUGGCUUCAGGACCCCCGUUUGCAGGAUCUGCUUCCAGGGACCAGAACAUGGGGAGCUGCUGAGCCCGUGCCGCUGCAGUGGGUCAGUUCGCUGCACCCACCAGCCUUGCCUCAUCAAAUGGAUCAGUGAGAGAGGGUCUUGGGCCUGUGAGCUCUGCUACUACAAAUAUCAAGUCAUUGCCAUAAGCACGAAGAACCCACUUCAGUGGCAGGCCAUUUCCUUGACUGUGAUAGAGAAAGUGCAGAUAGCAGCAGCCAUCUUGGGCUCCCUGUUCCUAAUGGCCAGUAUCUCCUGGCUGGUGUGGUCAUCCUUCAGCCCGUCGGCCCGCUGGCAGCGCCAGGAUCUGCUUUUCCAGAUCUGCUACGGGAUGUAUGGCUUCAUGGACGUCGUCUGCAUUGCACUAAUUGUCCACGAGGGACCAUCCGUGUUUCGCAUCUUCCACCGCUGGCAGGCUGUGAACCAGCAGUGGAAGGUAUUGAACUAUGAUAAGUCCAUGGACAGCGAUGACCUGAAGGAUGCCCCUGUGGACAGGACUCAGCCUCAGCCAAGUCAGGGCUAUCAGACAGGGAUAGGCGUGUCCACUUCUACCUCCUCACUUAUGGUGGUGGCCUCCACAGCCGCCGGCUCCACCUCUACAACCGUGGUGACGGCGGCAGGGGGAUUUGGAACACAAGUGGACAUUGAAAGUGGCGGCGUAGUGCCAGACCAACACUCUCCGUACAACAUCCUCCACCUACUCAGCCACCUGAGGCAGCCGGAGGCCCGCAGCCAACCCAGCAAUAGCACAAGAGAGCUGGUGAUGAGACUCGUCUACUCUGUGUCGAGGCGGUUUUUAGGUGAAAUGGCGAUUAUUUCAGGGUUCAUCCUUUUGUGUGUGUUCCAAACUGCUGUGCCUCAAUCUGCCCUCCUACCUCGUGGACCAAGACCGAUACCUGGACGUGGCGACAACCCUGACCCCACUCCACUCCCACCAUGGGUCACACCAGAAUCUAAAAGCUGUAAGAGGAUCAUUGACUGUCCAAUCAGGCUGUUUUUCACCAUUGACACCUCUGAGACCAUAGCACUACAGGAGCCCCCACCUGGCAGCCUGGUGGAAAGUAUCAAGGAAUUUACCAGGAUAUUUGUACAGAAACUUUCUGACGAGGAGUACAGGGGUCAGGUCAGGAUGACCUGGUCCUUUGGUGGCCUGCACUUCUCUCAGAGACAGCUGGUCUUCAGUCAGAUGACCAGCAGAGAGAACUUCAUCAGGAAUCUCAGUCAGAUCAGGUACUUUGGUAAAGGCACCUACACCGACUGUGCCCUCAAAAACAUGACCUACCAGAUGACUCAACACUAUGCGGACACAAAGGCAGUCCUCUUCGCAGUGGUCAUCACUGAUGGCCAUGUGACAGGGAAUCCAUGCGGCGGGGUCAAGAUGAUGGCUGACAAAGCUCAAGAACAAGGAAUCAAGGUUUUCUCAGUGGCAGCAUCUAGGAGCGUAGAUGAGUUUGGAAUGAGAGAGAUUUCCAGCCCUCCCACUGAGCUGUACCGUGACAACCACAUAGUCAUGGAGUUUGCCGAUGGGAAGCCAAGACUCAGCACUGACACCAUUGAUCAUAUCAUUAAAGCCAUGAAACAUCAAGCAUAUUUACAGUGUUAUAAACCCAGCUGCGUUGAAAAACGAGGGGCUCGUGGAAGAACAGGACCGCCUGGCCAAAAAGGCACAAGAGGACAAACAGGAAGUAUUGGGCAAAAAGGUAAAAAGGGUGAACAGGGUGAUCCUGGAGUCGAGGGUUCAAUUGGAUCACCUGGCCCAAAGGGAGAAAUUGGUUUAAAAGGUGAAAAGGGUGAAGUUGGAUUCAGUGGAGCAAAGGGCGCUGCAGGGGUUCCUGGAAGGAACGGAACGGGCGGACAAAAGGGUAAACCUGGCCGGAUUGGAGCCCUUGGCUGCAAAGGUGAUCCGGGUGACAAAGGACCUGACGGCUACCAAGGAGAGGUUGGCGACGCCGGGUCAUCUGGUGACAAGGGAGGGAAGGGUGAUCCAGGUCAUCCAGGGAAGCCCGGACCUCCAGGGCUAGCGGGUGACCAAGGACCAAAAGGUGAAAAUGGAAAUCCUGGAAAUCAAGGGUUACAGGGAGAGGAUGGAUUCCCGGGUCCUGAAGGAAGUCCUGGACCAAAAGGCGAUCAGGGCAGGAGAGGGGACAGUGGGGAGAAAGGGUAUCCUGGACCUGAUGGGCAAAAAGGGCCAAAGGGCGAACAAGGGCCACUGGGAGGCAGAGGCAAACCUGGGGAAUAUGGAUUCAAGGGCAACAAGGGAGAACUGGGACUGCCGGGAUCGAGGGGCCCACCAGGAGGUCCAGGGAUUCCUGGGGAAAAUGGCCAUAGUGGAAACCCUGGACAUCCUGGACCAAAGGGAGAUCCUGGGCCACCAGGCCCAAAGGGUGACAAAGGGAGGACUGGUUUCAGCUAUGCAGGAUCAAGAGGACUCCUUGGAGACAAAGGUAAUCCAGGCAGAAAAGGUCCCAGAGGGAGCAGGGGUGCCUGUGGUGCCAGAGGAGUUCCUGGAGAUAAAGGACCGCCAGGAGAGCCUGGGGAACAUGGCCAGCCAGGACAGUCUGGAAAGAGAGGACCCAGAGGAGACCCUGGAUCUGAUGGAGGUCCAGGACCUGAGGGCGAUCCUGGACUCACUGACUGUGAGGUCAUGGCGUACAUCAGGGAGACGUGUGGUUGUUGCGACUGUGAAAAGACCUGUGGAGCUCUGGACGUUGUGUUCGUAAUCGAUAGCUCAGAAAGCGUGGGACUGACAAAUUUCACCCUUGAAAAGAACUUUGUUAUCAAUACUAUCAACAGGCUGGGAUCCAUGGCCUCUGACCCUGCAUCAUUAACUGGCACAAGGGUUGGAGUAGUACAGUUCAGUCACAAUGGGACCUUUGAGGCUAUCCAUCUUGAUGACUCUUCAAUAAACUCCAUGGCUGCCUUCAAAACAGCUGUGAGGAAUCUACAGUGGAUUGCUGGGGGCACCUUUACACCAUCUGCUCUCAAGUUUGCCUACGAUAACCUCAUUCGGGACAGCAAAAGAGCCCGUGCAACUGUGUCUGUCGUCGUAGUCACAGAUGGUCGGUUUGACCCUCGUGACGAUGACGCUUAUCUCAGGUCCCUUUGCAAUGACCCCAGAGUGGUGGUGAAUGCCAUAGGCGUAGGUGACAUGUUUGACAAGAGAUACGACAGCGAAACCCUUCUGUCAAUAGCGUGCAACGAUAAGAACCGAACCACUGAGAUGAAGCAGUUCAGUGACUUGAUGGCAGAGGACUUCAUCCUGAAGAUGGAAACUGUCCUCUGUCCCGAUCCUGUGAUCAAGUGCCCAGAUAUACCUUGUAAAAGUGGCCUAGAUUUAGCACCCUGUGUCGGGCGGCCGGUGGAUUUGGUUUUUCUUGUAGAUGGCUCAGAGCGCCUUGGAAUAGAGAACUUUCAACAAGUUCGUGAGUUUGUCCAGAGGGUUGCAAACAGACUGAUAAUGGCCAGGGCCAAAGAUGACCAAAUGAGAGCCCGCCUGGCUCUGAUAGAGUUUGGAAAGGAGAACGAGAAUCAUGUGGCCUUCCCUCUGACACACGUUACUGAAACCAUCACCACUGGAAUAUCAAACUUACCUUACCUGGAUUCUGCUUCAUGCGUGGGACCUGCUAUCAUUGACACCAUCGGAAGGAUUUUGGGUAAAGGAAGUACUCGCAACACAAGGAGUAGUGCUGAGAUUUCAUUUGUCUUUAUCACAGAUGGCGUCACUAACAGCAGCAGCCUGGACGAGGCGGUCACUGCCAUGCGUAGGGAACAGAUUGUCUCCACAGUGAUAGCUACAGGAAGUGAUGUGGACGAAGAAAUCUUAACAAAGCUGGCUAUGAAUGAUCAGGAGAGCAUUUUCAAAGGGAAAAGAUUCUCUGAUCUGUUGCAAUCCAGCAUGAUUGACCGUUUUGUUCGGUGGAUAUGUUGAAGAGAUGCUAGUGUGAGGUGCUACUACUGCUUAAUUAGCAUUUUCAUUGUUGAUUCCUAUUUAUUUCAACAGUAUCAACUUGUGUUCCCAUUAAUGAAUAUCAUAGCAGUAAAAUCUUUCAGUAGAUAAAAAGUUUAAUCUUCAAAUAGAACAGAGAAGAUAAAUGAAAAUAUCAUUACAUUCUGCAGGAUACAAACUAUCUCCAGCUAGAGCCAACAAGUGCAGUGGGAAAAAAGGCAAGUCAAGAUAGCCAUUUUCUAUUUAUACAUUUUGCACAACAAAGAAGAACAAAUUCAUUGCCUCACAUGAAGACAAGGAUCUGGAAAAUCUUAGUUACCAAGGCCCCUUGGCCUACAGCUGAGUAAGGAAUAUACAACUUAAUCACUGAAUAGUGUUUAUCAAAGUUCUUAAAAUGCAUGACAUGUUAAUAAAUAUUUAAGUAUACUUGCAUAUCAUCCCGAAAGUUUACAUUGGCCAAACAAAGUGAGGCAUGUCCAGUCAUUAUGAAGUGUUAUUGAAAACUAGCCCAGACACUGGUCCUUAGGAACAGGGCAGGUCAAAAGUUGUGAUUUUGCUGGUAGGAAAUAUUUGUUUGCUUGAUGAAAAUGUGGAUAAGUAACACAAAUAAAGC